AUGACUCAAACAGAAAGUAACCAAAUGGUGGAUUGGAACCGUUUACGAUUAACCGACUUGAGGGCCAUGUGCCAAAACUGUAAUAUCUCCACGGAAGGCACUAAAGCCGAGCUAAUAGCUCGCCUGGAGGACUUUUGGAAUAGACCUGAAAGGGACUCAGGUACAAAAAAGUUAGACAAAGGAAAAGCAGUGGACCCAAAAUCGAACGAUGAUUAUAGCGAAAGGCCCCUGCUUCCAGAAGAUUCUGAUGGACAAAAUUACACCUUUUUGUCAUAUAUGGAAAAUAGGCUGGAACAAAAAAUCGAUGAAAAGUUAGGAACGGUGGAGGUACAUGAACUAUUAAGACUAAGAGCAUUUGUCCUAAGGGUUGUGGAAGAAGAAGGCUGGAACGUGGUAGCAAAAAUCCCUAAACCAACGCCUAGUGAAGGUGAUGAAUUUAAGGAAUUGCUAGUCGAAGCCAGAAAACAGGUCAAACCAUAUGAAGGACGCCCCACGUCUUAUAGCAGGAGAUCUUGGAAAAGUAAAAGGACCGAAUUUUGGGCUCCCGUCCAAGGGUACCAAAACCCAAAUAUGAUUCAAAACCCAGGCCCAGCCUACCAAAACCCCUUCAACAAGCCGAUAACGAAGCAGAUUACCUGCUAUUUCUGUGGUGGCGCUAGUCACACGGCAUCCGUAUAUCCCUCGAAGGAACAAACUGAAGGAAAUAAUGAACAAUAUGGACAAAAGCAGGGAGGUGGUUGGGAAAAUCCACGAGCCAGAGGCCGUGAGUUAUUGGAUAAAGGAGAUAAACCCACCACCCGUAGUAACUUGCUGGUUAAAAAAUCUUGUACCCCUAUUCCCAAAAAACGUGUGGACCCUGGUCAAAAAAAAGGACCCGAAACCCUGCAAAUUAACUUGGAACAAAAGCUGUGGUUAAAGAAGGAGGUAUAUCGAUUAGAAACGCUAGGAGCUAUAGAAAAAGUAGCUGCAACAUCGCUCUGCCCGGGAAUUGUCACAGAUGGCAAAGAAGCUAGCAAGAGACUCGGUGUCCCCUUCUACAAAGCUAGGUCUGAUAGGUACUGGGGCCUCUACAAGAAAUUUUGUAAAAGGUUCGACCUAGACGUGAAGAACCCGCAUGAGGAGGAACAAUACCUAAAAAUUCGUCCAGAAAAGGAUGGGGAAUCACCAUUGUUUGUAUCAAGACAGGGCAAGAAGGUCUCCGUCUCGGCUGUGGGCUCGAUAGUAAAACGGUUCGCUGAACAUGUGGGCCUAAAUGGUAGGUUUACGGCUCAUUCGUUGAGAAUAGGAGGGGCCACGGCAGCAAUGGCCGCGGGCAUAAGUCUCACACAAAUCCGGGCAAUAGGGGGCUGGGAUUCCAAGGCUGUUAUGUUAUAUCUAAGGACG